AUGCCCAAAGCGCCGUCCACCUUACCCAUCUCUGCGCUCUUUGGAGUGAUCAAGCCAUCCGGACUGACGUCUAUGGCCGUUGUCGAAGAAAUCAAGCAACUGGUCGGAACUUCUCGCUUGUUCGUGGAAGGGGACAAAUUGAAGAAGGCCAAUGGAUCGAGAGGCAAAACGAAACGCGGUAAGCACGACCGUUUUCCGGUCAAGAUCGGUCAAGGAGGCACUCUGGAUCCUCUGGCAGAUGGAGUUCUUGUUGUAGGAGUAGGAAAGGGCACGAAGAAGCUGAGUGAAUUUCUAGACUGUGUUAAGGAGUACCGUACGACCUGUCUUCUUGGGUGUGAGACGGAUACAUAUGAUAGUGAAGGAAAGCAAGUCCGCGUCACUCCAUGGCGACACGUUACCCGCGAGAAGGUCGAAGGCGCCUUAGAUCAAUUCAGAGGAGAGAUUACGCAGGUGCCACCAAUAUUUUCUGCUCUGAAGAUGGACGGAAAACCGCUGUAUGAAUAUGCACGGAAGGGCAUCCCUCUACCACGCCCUAUAGAACAACGCAAGGUUACCGUGCAUUCUCUCGAGCUUGUCGACUGGAAAGGGAGUAAGCAUGAUUUCCGCUGGCCAGAAAAGAAAUUCUCGGAGGAGGAAAAGAAGGCGAUGGAGAAAGCGCUCCAGGGCGUCGAAACGAAUGCCACCAUUGAAGAUGAGCCUGAAGAAAAUGGAACAGAGGCUCCGACGGCAUUUGUCCUGCGGAUGAGCGUAUCGGGCGGCACAUACGUGCGGUCUAUCGUGCAUGACCUCGGGCAUGCCUUGGAAUCAUCUGCCCAUGUUGUCACCCUUACGCGCUCCCGGCAAGGUCGGUUCUCGCUGGAGCCCACAGAAAACACCGAUCUUCCAUGUGUUCCGUUCGAGGUCUUCACAAAGGCGAGGGAAGAUGUAGGAGAAAUUGAUGCCAAUGGAUGGGCAGAAUGGGAGAGGGAAGUGAUGGACCGACUAGAAAUCAUUGAAGGUAAGGGAAUUGACAAGAGCAACUAA